CGCAACUCCCACUGGUGGCUACAGUCCCAACAUGGCAUGCACAUACACCAUCAACACUCCCACGCCAGCUGAACUCCACUUCACCUUCGAGGAAUUUGACAUUGAGAGUGCAAGCAGAUGCAUGUACGACGCCGUUACCAUGGGCGAAGACAGACUGUGUGGAAGCAGCCCCGGCAGCAAGACAUACCAAUCUGAUGGAACCUUUGUGAUCACCUUCACAUCUGACGGUUCCGUGCAAAGGGAAGGUUUCUACAUGUCCUUCACAUCAUCGCCAGUGGCAUAAAAAGACUGACCUACACCGCGAGAUCUAGUUGACAACAAUAUGAGUAAAUAAACUAAAUGUGCUCUA